GUCGGUUUGAAAAGAGCAGACAAAGGCUUUGAGCCCAGGACGCUCCUCUCUGCCUCUCGCUUUGCUCACAAAGCCAACCCAAGUCGCUCUUUUCUGCCUUUUUCCCCUGUCAUGGAGCUGUUUGUGAGAAGCGGCGUUACGUGUGCGCGUUUUGUUUUUACUCUUUCCGUUUGAAAUGUACGACCGUCUGGAUCCCCGUUUGGCCGCGAGAGUCAGGCGUUUUGUGGGUAUAAUACAAGGAAGCGUCGUCUGAGAGAGGGGGAAGGACUGACGCUUUUUCCUCCUCUCCUCCUCUUUCUUCCUUUCGCCCCCUCUCCUGCUCUUUUGGCGGAUAGAGGGGCUGAGGCGAGGAAAAACAACAUUUUUGUCUUUUCUUUUUUUUUUUUUAAUACAUUUGAAUCCUGCUGCGCAACCGAUCACGUGGCACCGGAGAGAGUUGGAUCAAUAUUGAACAGUUAAGUGAAAGAAAAGAAAGAAACUUCUAUUUCUUUUACACUUCUGUGGACAACUGUGACUGCUGAUAGUUGAUUUGCAGCAGUGCUGGACUGGGUUUUCUCUUUUUUUCUUCUUUGGAGGUGUGGAGUAUUGAUUCUUAUAUGCCUGGGUUUUGAAAAACAAUGGAGACGCACAUUUCGUGCCUCUUCCCGGAAAUUUUGGCCAUGAUUUUCAGUUAUCUGGACGUGAGGGACAAAGGCAGGGUGGCCCAAGUGUGUAUGGCUUGGAGGGAUGCAGCCUACCACAAGUCUGUGUGGAGGGGGGUAGAAGCCAAGCUGCACCUUCGCCGGGCAAAUCCUUCCUUGUUUCCCAGCCUCCAAGCCAGGGGCAUCCGGAGGGUCCAGAUCUUGUCUCUGCGCCGCAGCUUGAGCUAUGUCAUCCAGGGCAUGCCCAACAUCGAGUCGCUCAAUCUGUCCGGCUGCUACAACCUCACGGAUAACGGGCUGGGCCACGCGUUCGUGCAGGAGAUCCCAUCACUUAGGGUUUUGAAUUUAAGUCUGUGCAAGCAGAUCACAGACUCCAGUUUAGGAAGGAUCGCUCAGUAUCUGAAGAACUUGGAGAUGCUGGAACUUGGGGGCUGUAGCAACAUCACCAACACCGGGCUUCUGUUGGUUGCCUGGGGCCUCCACAGACUCAAGAGCCUUAAUCUGAGGUCCUGCAGGCAUGUCUCAGAUGUGGGGAUUGGACAUUUGGCGGGCAUGACUCGCAGCGCGGCGGAGGGCUGCCUGAACCUGGAGUAUCUGACACUUCAAGAUUGUCAGAAGCUGACAGACCUGUCACUUAAACACAUUUCCAAGGGGCUGACCAAGCUGCGGGUGCUGAACCUGAGUUUCUGUGGGGGGAUCUCAGACGCCGGGAUGAUCCACCUCUCCCACAUGGGCUCCCUGUGGAGCCUCAACCUACGCUCUUGUGACAACAUCAGUGACACGGGGACCAUGCACCUUGCCAUGGGCAGCCUCAGGCUCUCGGGGCUUGACGUUUCCUUCUGCGACAAGAUCGGGGACCAGACCCUGGCGUACAUCGCUCAGGGUUUGUACCAGCUGAAGUCCCUCUCCCUGUGCUCGUGCCACAUCUCUGACGACGGGAUCAACCGGAUGGUGAGGCAGAUGCACGAGCUGAGGACCCUGAACAUCGGACAGUGCGUGCGCAUCACAGACAAAGGGCUGGAGCUCAUAGCGGACCACUUGACCCAGCUGGUGGGCAUCGACUUGUAUGGAUGUACCAAGAUCACCAAGAGGGGACUGGAGAGGAUCACACAGCUCCCCUGCCUUAAAGUGCUGAACCUGGGACUUUGGCAGAUGACAGAGAGUGAGAAAGUGAGGUGAUCUGAAAUGUUUGCUUUGUGUGUGGAUGUGUGUGUGCUUAUUAUUUUUAUUUUUUCUUUGGAUAGAGAGAGAACACUUUAAGAAGGAGUUAGGAGGUAAAGUGGGCUGUUUUCUUAUUUAAAAAGAAAGAAAUCCUUUUUAUAAGGUGAACAUUUUUCACUUUUUGGUUCCAAUGUUGCAUUUCUUAUUUUGUUGGCCUUGCAGGACUUUUAUUUUGCUAUGGUUUCAUUUUUUUUUCGUAGAAAGCAAGCAAAACUUUUGUUAUAUCUUAAUAAGUGUGCCGAUUUAAAUUUGAUUUUUAAUAUAUCUUUAAGUUUGACUUGAGAGCAAAUCAAUCAAUCAUCAUUUUCUUGAUUGCUAAGAAUUUCUUAAGUUUGCAAAUCAAGCUAGUAUCCAUCCGAACUUAAUUUUCUUUUUUUUUUUUUUUUUUUUUACUCAAAUCAAAAGAGAGGUUGUAAAUUGAAUAGAUUUAUUUUUGCAAUGAUUUGAUGGAUUUGAUGACAGCCAUCACGCCUGAAAACAUGAGGCUACCUCGUAUGUGGUUUAUUUUUCAAAGGGUGUAUACUGUUAAAACGCAUCAAAAUGAAGCGGAGUGUAGAACGGGAGAAAAUGUGCCUAAAGGGACUGUGUCUGCCCCCUCCCCCAACCAACCAUCCAUCCUCUCCCUCUUUCCCUCCUUCGUUUAUGAGCAGAGGCAGAAAAAAAAAAGACAAGUACGCAAUCUCACUACUGUUAAUUUUCUCAUUGUAAAACAGCAACAAUUUAUCCGAAAGAGCUAUAAAAGUCCGGUCCGUCUGCAAGAGCACACCGCUUUAUGCAAAACUCAAAAUACCCGCUCGUGUGCACAAGAUUUCCGUCUUUCUUUUUGGGGAGUAAAGUCUAACUUUAUUUGCCCUUUUGACCAACCUGAAGGAGACUAGAUCAGAGCCUGGCAGAAAUACCUGUAGCGAUUCUCUAAAGACAGGAAUCCAGAGGAAUGUUAAGCUACGUACACAUCGCCCUCGGCAACGCGCGUUCUAGUGACCUCGUCCUAUGAAAAGUCUUAUGUAAUCGUUAAAAAAUGCUUGUUUCAGGAUUCCGCAUUCAGAGUUUUUACGACCAUUUCAGUCCAAAAACCAGGUCAAACUUUGACCAAUCAGGGAUUCGGUUUUGCUAGUGACGUAUGGAGCAGACCGUAAAACGAACCAAACUAUAAUCGUAGCUGGUUGAACUUGAAUAAAGACAAACCAAGGUUGCUCUCCGGACACGAUCCAUAUUCGCCAUUACCAGAACGCUAGCAAUUAAACCCAACUGUUUUGUGCCCAAUUUGCGAUAUUUGCACCUCGUCGACCUUUCGCACCGAGCCACUUCCAGCUGUAGGUGGCAGACAUGCACUAGUAAACAGUAGAAAAAAGAACAAGAAGCCCCUCCCUGCUUAUCUAGUGUGAACAUGUGCAUUUAGCGCGUUAAAAAACACGCUUAACGCACAUUCUUGAACGCGCCCGGUGUGUACGUAGCUUUACAUGAAAAAGCUAUACUAUUAACACAUUGUUUGUCCUUAUAGGAUUGCUAUGCUGUAGGUAUUUUUGUAUAUUUUUUGCUGAUGGAGAAAAAAAUGAGUACUUCAAAUUGAAGUGAUUUCUAUGUCUUACCCUUUAUAUUGAUAGAAACAAAUCAGGGUUCGUCUCUUUUUCUUCUUCUUCUUAUAUUGAUACCAACACCUCCUUUAUCGAGUUGCUCUCAUCAAUGCAGAGUGAGGUCUUUCUCCCCCCACCUCUCCCCAUCCUUGACCCCACCCCCCACCCCACCUGUCACCACAUCUCUGAAUAAAAAUACCCUCAAAAUCCAUUCGGAGACAUGCUUAGAAUAAGGAGUAAUCGAUUAUUUUCCUUGGUCUCUUGUUACAAGCAUAACGCCUCUGUUCCUCUGUCCUAUCACACACACACACACAUUCAGGCUGUACACACAUGCACACGCGCACACUGAUGCCAGUGUGUGCGCAUUUUUAAUGUAAUGCAAUGACCUGCUAGAAAAUGAAUAUAAGGAUGUGCGUCCUGCUGAAAAAGCUGUGUGUGUUUGACAAUAAGAAGAUGUACUGUAUAUUAUGUGUUUGUAAAGAAGAGAAAAAAAGGCAGAAUCCCAAAUGAAAUUGUUUUAUAUUCUUACGGUUAAAACAAUUAAAGAUAUUUAUAUAAUGAACUAAA